GCUUCAGAGGUGUCCUCCACUCUUAGAGUUAGUUUUGUGGUAUAAUUAUACAAUGACAAAUACUCGUAUACGUACACAGUAAUAUAGCCAUAAGUUGAAAAAUGGAUUCUGGUUCAAAUGGAGAGGAGCCCACUUCAUGGGAAGAGCUUUACAAUAUCAAUUUGAUUCCAUCUGAGUUGUUUCUCAAAUUUAGAAAGGAGAUUGAGGGUAUUCGCGUUGGUGUCAAUUUAGAGUUCUAUAAUGCUCCAACCAAUGAAUUCCAAGGCAAGAUUGUUCUAAAACCUUUGUCCCCUGAGCGGAGGUGGAAAUUCAUAUAUGAGCCAAUACAUCAGGAUGUACGCAUUCUUUCAAAGAAGAUUCCUGUUACCAAGUUUCUAAAUCUCCAGGUCGGCAUAGGCCAUAAUUUUCAGUUGCAUGCUACUGGUUGGAAAUGGAAGCUUACAACUUGUUUAGGUGGAGAUGGCAUAUCUAGGAUUCAGAAUAAGACAUCAUUCGGGUUGUUCCCUGGCAUGGAUUUGCGGUUUGGGUGGAGGGCAGAUUAUGUUCUUCCAGAAAUUACUGGGGCUUUGGGCGCUGAUGAGCCAUUGUUCAACAUGAACUCGGGAAGGCUGCAAGCAUCAUUAGAUAGAGUUGAGGCCAUUCUAACCCAUCCAUCAUGAUUGGUGUUAGAAAAAAAGGUAAGAGUUGCCCAUCCUUGUCAUUUACUUUGGUCAUUUGAUUUCUUACAGAAUUUCCAUGGAACAUAAACAUCGUUAGUUGUUUAUUUUUUUCCCAACAUCAAUGACCAUUCUACUGGUUCUUUGGAGUUAUUAUUUGUUGCUAUUAGCUUAUGAUAUUAGAAUAUUUUUUGUCCUUGCCCAGAAUUAAUGAUCAUUUCUUUGGGCUAUUGUUUACUAGCUUAUGAUAAAGGGGCACAUUUAUUGUUUGAGCAGGUAUUUGCUUAUAUCAAAUCCUUUCAGGUCUGGUAUGGCUGAAGUUUGUGUAUCUCAUUACUUGUGUAAAGACUUGGGUUUUCUUCCUAAUUUAGGAUAUAUUGUUAGUGACAGGAGAGAACAAUAUUAAACAUUUUUAGUGAUGCGAGAGAGAAUGAAGCCCAGCCCACUAGUGAUAUAAGUGUACUAUUAUAUGGUGACAACUCUUAACCAAAAUGAGUUUCAUAGAAAUUUAGUAAAAUGGAAUAGAUGUUCUAAUUCUUGCCGUGUGGGUAUGGAGACCAUAGUGGUAGAGGAAAUGGGCUGUGGAGGUUUCUCCAAGUACUCCAUAUUUGUAUUAUGGAUAUACAUCUUUGAUGAUAUGUUGGAUAUCAAAGAUUCUCAAUUAUAAGAGCAUCAGGGUAUGUUUUUUCCUG